UCGGCAGUGGUGUCUUUUGUGCGAGUAAUUUUUAUUUUUCUUCGUAUUUUAUAUUAAAAUAUAAAAGUUUAAAAAAAAAAACAAAACUUAGUGAUCUUUUACUUGAAGAUACGUUGCAGUUUAUUAAGCCAGCAAUGGAAUUUCUAGAAUAUAACGAUGUUUCUGCCGAAAUCAAAGGCAACAUGGUUCCUGGGCGGCUAAAGAUGACAGAUCAAAGUAUUAUAUUUAAAAACAGUAAAACAGGAAAAGUGGAACAAAUCUCUGCCAAUGACAUUGAGCUUGUAAACUUUCAAAAGUUUAUAGGAUCAUGGGGUCUUCGGGUGUUUCUUAAGAAUGGGACUCUGCAUAGAUAUGGCGGUUUUAAAGAAGGGGAACAAGAGAAAGUUGCAAAGUUCUUCAAAUCCAGUUACAACAAGGAUAUGUUAGAAAAGGAAUUGUCCCUCAAAGGCUGGAACUGGGGGACGGCCAAGUUCAAUGGAGCAGUGCUCAGUUAUAAUGUUGGGACACACACAGCUUUUGAAAUUCCAUUACAUUAUGUGUCACAGUGUAAUACAGGGAAGAAUGAAGUGACGUUGGAAUUUCAUCAGAAUGACGACACACCCGUAUCCUUGAUGGAGAUGCGAUUCCACAUUCCGACGAGCGAAUUGGCGGGUGACAUGGACGCAGUGGAGGCAUUCCACCAACAAGUGAUGAAUAAGGCCAGCGUCAUCUCUGUGUCUGGUGAUGCUAUUGCAAUCUUCAGGGAGUUGCAGUGUCUUACGCCUCGUGGUCGCUACGAUAUCAAAGUGUUCCAAACGUUCUUCCAACUUCACGGUAAAACAUUUGACUACAAGAUACCGAUGUCGACAGUACUGCGUUUGUUCCUGUUGCCUCACAAGGACACGAGACAGAUGUUCUUCGUUGUGUCUCUGGACCCGCCGAUUAAACAGGGUCAAACUAGAUAUCAUUAUUUGGUGCUUUUGUUCGGGAUUGAGGAAGAAACUAGCCUGGAAUUGCCGUUCACUGAAGAGGAGUUAACAGAAAAAUAUGAAGGUAAAAUUACAAAAGAGCUAUCGGGACCUACAUACGAGGUGCUCGCAAAAAUCAUGAAGGUCAUCAUCAACAGACGCGUGACAGGACCUGGAGACUUUUUGGGACAUCACAAGACGCCAGCGAUCGCGUGUUCGUACAAAGCUGCAGCGGGUUACCUGUACCCACUAGAAAAGGGCUUCAUCUAUGUACAUAAACCACCAGUUCAUAUACGAUUUGAGGAAAUUGCGUCUGUCAACUUUGCUAGAGGAGGUGCUUCGUCUACCAAAUCUUUCGACUUCGAAAUUGAAUUAAAGCAAGGCAGUGUCCACACGUUCAGUAGUAUUGAGAAAGGCGAAUACGACAAAUUGUUCGAUUACAUCACAUCAAAGAAACUGCAUGUUAAGAACACUGGCAAGAAUGACAAAGCGCUAUACGACGACGACUUCGGCGACUCGGACACAGAGAAGGAGCCGGACGCGUACCUCGCGCGGGUCAAAGCGGAGGCCAAGGAACGGGACGAUAGCGAUGGCUCUGAUGAGAGCACGGACGAGGACUUCAACCCCGAUAAGGCUAAGGAGAGCGACGUGGCGGAGGAAUACGACACAAACCCAUCUUCGUCCGAAGAAUCAGACGCGUCGGACGCUUCAAAGGGCAGCAAAAAGGAAAAGAAGAAGGAGAAGAAACCUAAGAAAACCAUCACAAUAUCGGAAGCGCCCCGCAAACGCAAGGAAAAGUCUAAAAAGCGUGAGAAAGACGCCAACGCUCCCAAGCGUCCGUCCACCGCGUUCAUGUUGUGGCUCAACGAGAACAGGAAGAAGAUCAUCGAUGAGAACCCCGGGAUUAAAGUAACGGAUGUUGCGAAGAAGGGCGGCGAACUGUGGCGCGAUAUGAAGGAUAAAUCUGAAUGGGAGGAGAAAGCGAACAAAGCGAAAGAAGAAUACAACCAAGCGAUGAAAAAGUACAAAGACAGCGGUGCAGCUGACGAGUUCAAACAGAAGAAGAAGCAAGCGGAGAAAGAGAAGAAACAAGCGGAGAAAAAGAGUAAAGCACCGGCGAGUAAGAAGCCCAGUAAGAGUGGGAGUUCUGGAACGGGGACACAGAAGUUCACGAGUAAGGAGUACAUUGAAGAUGACGAUAGUUCCUCUGACUCGGAUGGUGAUAAGAAAAAGGAGAGCAAAGAUAAGAAAGAAACAAAGAAAGAAAAACCAAAGGCGUCAUCAUCAGAAGCGGAAGCGUCGUCAGGAUCCGGUGAUGAGAGCGGAAGCGGUAGCGGGAGCGAUUAAUGUGUUUAAAACAUUAUUGUAUGUUGUUGUUAAUAACUUGGUUAAUUAUUUGCAUGGUUUUAACAUAACGACUUACGUUUUAUACUCUUGAGGUACGAAAAAUGAGAUUGAAAACAAAAUGUGUUAAAAAAAUUGUGAAAAAUUUGGUAAAAAAAGAUAGUCUAAGCCCCAUGUGCAAAUUGGAUGUCAAAAACUAUUAUAUUAAACAAAAUAAAAAAGUAUAAUCAGGUGCCAAGCAUUCCAUAUAGAACACAUUACAUAAAAUGAUUUUAUGAUGUUAUCAAAUUUUCACAGUUUACAUUUUCUGAUUAAAAUAAGACUAUUUAUAUGUGUAACAAUUUUGAUAUUGCAUUGUGCUCAUAAAUAUACCGUCAAUUUGUUGUGUGUACAAAUUUCGGUGAAAAUCUAAAAUUAUGAAAAUCGAUUUCUAAAUGACAGUAGAUAAUUCGUUAUAGAUAACAUAUUGUGAUGAAUUUUUCGCAAGUAGAUCAAGUUCAAAAAACUGGCCUUACAUGGUGGAACCUGUUAUUCUGCGAUAAAACUUCUUACAAAUAAAAAAAAAUGGUUUCUUUGUUAUCUUUAUAAUUUUAUUCAUAUACAAAUAUGCACAUUGUAUUAUUUUAUAAACAGAAUAUUCAUCAUAGUUUACUCACAAUCAAGUACGUUUAGAGAAGUCAUUUGAAUCAAUGGUUCUUUUAGAUCCAGUCAAUAUAAUUAUUGUUUCGUAACUAUAACGUAAUUUUAACGUUUUUUAGUAAUUUGCUGGCUGUACAUGUUCAACUAUGACAUUUUGUGUGUUUUCGUAAAUCUCAUGUGUGUAUAUAGUUUUUAUCAAUAAUUUGUUUUUAAAUUGUUAAGAAAAUGUGAUUUCAAUUCCCAGUUUUGUUAAUUUUAGCGUUUGUAAGUGUACAUAGGUCUUGUGUAUUAUUAAAUUUCUAUAGGUUAAUUAAAUAUUUUUCCAAUGAA